UCAGGUCAAAGACUUCUCGUCUUUUGUUGCACAGCUCGUCCGGCUGACACGGCAUUGUGCACUAGGUUUCCUUUUUCUCGUCUUCUCUGAUGGAUGAAGCUAACGCACGUAGUGUGCUACAUUGUAUUUUGGAAGUCGAAUUUGAAUGUUGUCGCGGCAUUUUCUUCUCUGUGUAUCGGAGAUUGAGUACUAGUUUGCUGACCUUUGUUGGAUUAAUCCCCUAGUUUAAGAUUAGCUUGCAGAGCAUUUUCCUAGUCGGUGUGAGAUGCGUCGUGGAUGCAGUGCCGAAUUGUGGAUACAGUGUCGUUGCACCAGCUUUUAAUUCCUCCUUCUGGCUCGCAACUGGUUUAUUUGAACUCAGGAGUGAUAUCACAGGACACCCUGCUUUUGAGAUUGGAGGACUAAAUAGCCAUAAAAGCAUAUUACCCUGUUACUUUCUUGAGGAGAGCAGGGCGAUCAGACAUGGUACGAGCAAUGCUUCUGCCUCCUGCAGGUCAAGCUCAUAGUCCAGGGCUGAUACAUGUCCUCGAUCUACUAGAGAGACAUUGUCUAGCGCCUGAUGGGUCAUUACUCGUCAAUUCCACCUAUCAGGACCUCCUUCUGGCACGAGAAGAGAUGGCGAAAGAAAGACUUCGGUACUUUGAAGCAAUGGCUCUUUACUGUGAGGCAGUGGCCUUAGUCGAGGAAUACCACCAAGCUGUGUCCGUUGCAAACGCAGGAGGUAUCCGGGACUUGCAGGCAGUCUUCGGCCAACUUGGUCUACGCUGCGCACCUCAGGUUUAUGAAGCUCUUGAACAAAGACUAGUUAUCGCGGAGUCAGCCCAACGCCUUAGAUUGCCACUUAUCGCUAAAGAUGGGGAGUUGCCAGAUGAGGAUAUGGAAAAGUGGAGUAUCAUCUCUCGCAGUUCUUUUGACAGCAGUAGCACUACCAGCAUCAGCACAAAUACUACCGUUACCAGUAUCAUGACAUCCUCCACUACUCCAAGCACUUUCUUCUUAGGUGGAACUAAUCCAUCGGAGUUGGCAGAUCCAGGCAUAGGGGGACCUGUGCAUAGGAUGUUGGGAUUGACUCCAACUUGGUUUCGUCAAAGUCAACUAAUGCAUGCACCGUUCACAGAGGAUAGUACCGUAUAUCAGAUGGCUCUCAUUCCUCAGAUCGAAUCCCGGCUAAGGUCGAAGUGCGACAAGCUUGCUGCGGUUUCAGAAGCUGAUCAAGCAGUGAAUCUCCAUCCGUCAAAGAGCACGCGACUUACAGACAGAGUAAAAGUAUCAGUAGAGACGAUUGAAGCCGAAGAGUGGGCCUUGCUGGAGGAUCUAUUCUCAGCCGACCGCAAGUUUUCCGAAUACUAUAACGUCUUGGAGCAGAUUCUUGGGGUUUUAUUAAGACUGGUGAAAGAUUUCAAAUUAACUCAUCAAUUUCAAUAUGAUGGAAUGAGGAAAGCAUGGCUUUGCAAAAGAUGUCAGACCAUGAAUACGAAGUUGAGAGUGUUGGAGCAUCUUCUUUUAAGAGAUACUUACACACAAGAUUCCAUCCCUGCUCUUCAUAAAAUCAGGAGCUACCUGGUGGAAGCGAAUGAAGAGGCAACUGCAGCUUACAACAGAGCAGUUACGAGAUUGCGUGAGUAUCAAGGAGUGGAUCAGUAUUUUGAUGACAUAGCUCGUCGUUACCACGAUUUAAUCACUAAACUGGAGGGUAUUCAGUGGACAAUACGACAGGUGGAGAUGGACCUAAAUAAUGCCCAUGAUCAUUCGUAGCAUGGUAAUGCUUCAAAUCUCGAUAUUGUCAACAGUUUCUUUAUGAGUCUAUUGGAUCAACAUACUCGAUGUUCAAUUCAUCUUUUUAUCACCUCGCAGACCCUACAAUACAAAGUUACAUGCAUCAACGUCAUUGACGAUUCAUCUAAACGGGCACUCCACCACAUCUAUAAAGGAGACUAUGAAAGAAGAUUGGGAAGGGGUAUGGAGGCGCCCAAUCAGGACACUUCUUUUAUCUCUCAACAGACCCUUGCUGAUGGUUGGAACCGGUGAGAUUAUUUGGCAGAUGUCAUCAAAGAUCUAAUGGAAUUAUACAAGGCUCAACCACUUACUCUUAACGCUUCCAAAUCAUGAGAGCGUUCUGUAUGAUUGACCUUGAUGACCUUCAGUAGGUCAUUGUAGCAAUAGGUUGUAGUGUCUGCAGAUAGUAGACAGAUAUUUAAGGAGCAUGUACGCACGAAAGUCAAAUUAGCAUAACCUUCUUUUGUAUAUUAUUAUGGUUUUGUGGAUAUCAAAUACAGGAGUUACAUUUCA